AUGGCCACCACCGGCCCAUCUAACACAAUUUGUCCAGAUGCUUUCCCCAAUUUCUUCGCUAUGGGACGCCGGAGGACUCAGCAAGAUCUUGCUGGGCGCGAGUUCCUGACACACUGCCCCCCGGACCUUCCCCCCCGACAUCGCAUAUUAGCCCUCCUGGGCAUUACAGACAAAGACGGCCUCGCUAGCCCUAGUGAGGAUGGAUGGUUCGCGUCAGACUUCUACAUGUUUCACCAUCUCUUAUCCCCUCAAUUUCCACGACGUGGGUGUUCCCUCAUCUGUUGUCUUUUGACGUGCGAAGACCCGUCGGCCCUCGUCACAAAAUACCAUGAAUACCUUCAUGGUAACUCGGAAGGUGACCGUCGGGCAGUACUAGAUGGCGAGAGACUUCCAAUCAUCUUAGGGGCUGGGAACCUGCAAGUUGUGCCACGGAAGGACCUUCUUGAGAGGUACCUCAGCACACUGAAAGAGCAAGUGGCCGAAGCGGCUCGCUGUGACGAGCAUCUGGUCCUACUGAUUUUUGGCCACGGCACCAAAGCCCAUGGGAUAGAGGUUGGAGGCUCCACCCUGCAUAUGAAAGACCUCCGCCAUGUACUGCGACCAAUGUCCUCCACCACCAUCUUCACCACGUCGUGCUACUCCGGUGGCUGGCUCGUCUGCCCAGACAUCAACCAACAGCAGCUGAACGCCACAGCUAUAACAGCAGCAGGCAAAGGGACUGAGUCAUCAUCGUGGGCUCUCAGCGGAAGUGUUGGGCGCGCCAGCGGUAGCUUAGCCGCCUCCGCCAUUCUACGCUGUCUGAUAGGUGUCGAGGACGCAACCCAGGAGAGCACAGAGCAUCCCACUUACAUUGAAUUUUCGAAGUCCGUGUAUGAGUGCGUGAAGGGGAUGGGAGCACUCGGUAAUUCCCAGGAGAUCUACUUCUCUGCGGAAAACGACGAGUGGGAGACAAGUUACCAGCCUCGUCUCGGUGCCUCCCUCCCCUUCCUCGGCCAGUGGCGGCCGGGGCCAGCGAAGACUGGCGGCCGACGCCUCAAACGCCUAAAGUACCUCGCAGAAGAGUACUUUGCCGCAAAGCCCGGUCCGAACGAAACCGCUUCGAAUAUUGGCCUGCAUAAUUGUCUCCGAUCAGUCCUCAAGGGUGCUACCUACUCGAAAGAAAAGGUAGAUGACCUGACGGAAACCACGUCUUACAGGCUAGGGGCAAUGUACGAAGCAGACUAUCUAAGGGAGGCGGUAGGGUUGAACUUCCCCUCAAUCUUCGGCAUGGAGAUUCCCUGGGGACUUAUGAUGAAUAAGUCCCGCAACCGGGAGUGGUACUCAAAAGCAUGGAGUUUGCUUCUGGAUCGGAAUAUCUGUACAGAUCUAAUUGGGAUCCGCCUGUUUUACCCUAAACCCGUCCAGUACCUUGCAAUUGCGCUGGUGAAUUCAUCUACGUCCUGGGAGAUGAUCCAGGGCCAUGUGGAGGCUAUGGCCUCCAAGAAGAAGGCCUGGUUUCGAUUCAUCUACAGGGCUUGGAUGGGAAACCGAGUCGCCCAUGACGAAGGUGUGGUGAAGAGCAGGCGGGCAUUCCUAGAGGCUUGCAAAACGCUCAGGUAUUAA